ACAGGCAUUUGAAGAAGGCGCUGAAUGUUACGUGUUGGAGACGUCGCCACGUCUUCACGUGUUUGUGACGUCACUCACGGCCACAGGAACUAGAUAUAUAAAUGGCUUUUGGAAACCGUUUAAGACCGAGUCGGGACUGAGGGCUGAGUUAAGAGAAGCGGACCUGUCCAGCUAAAAGCGGGACUAUUGGGCGCUGUAGUGCAAGAGGAAGUUCUCUAAAUGAAGAUUGAAGGGGUUCUCCUUUCAAAAACUUGUUUUGCUUAUAGAAAGUUAAUGAGCUGCAUUGUCAUUCAACACUAUUAUGGGAGAAGGUGUAAAGUGUGUAAUUACUGGAACCAAUAUCAAAGCACUUGGGCGAGCUGUACACUCCCUCUCGCGAAUAGGAGAUGAGUUAUAUUUUGAGCCAUUGGAAGAUGGGCUUUGUCUGCGCUCUGUCAAUUCAUCGCGAUCAGCUUAUGCCUCUUUCACACUUGCACCCCUGUUUUUCCACAGUUAUGAGGCAACAGGUGGAACCUGCCACUGCAAGAUUCACAUGAAGACAGUGAUUAGUGUUUUCCGCUCCCUCCCAUCUUUGGAGAAGACUGUAGAAAAAUGUCUUAUCAGCCUCAAUGCAGAAAAGAGUCGACUAGUCAUCCAACUUUUGUGCAAAUAUGGAAUUACAAAAACACACAACUUAUCAUAUCAGGACUGUGAGUCUUUACAGGCUGUGUACAACCCGGAUACCUGUCCAAAUAUGCUGAGAGCUCCUGCAAGACUGCUCUCUGAUGCCGUGAUGCACUUUCCUCAGACUCUUGCAGAGAUUACAAUAAUGGCUAGUCCUUGUGGAAAAGUUACACUGCGAAAUUAUGUUGAGGAGGAUAUAGAUUCAACUAAAACCAUGCUAACAGAGCUAUCCCUGAGUAGGGAUGAAUUUCUGGUAUACCAGCUAAAGAAACAGAGUGACAUAACCUUCUGUUUGCGUGAAUUCCGGGGUCUUCUGAGUUUUGCUGAAUCGACAAGCCUUCCAGUCUCUAUACACUUCAACACUGCUGGUUUACACUGCCUCACCUGCUGCCCAGUCUUAUGGGAGUCUACGUUACACACACUUCCAGACCUGGAAACAGGGCAGGGGGUGGGUCCAGCUGUGUUCAGUGUUGAUGAUACAGUACUUGAAGUGCAUUUUGUUCUUGCUACUCUUUCCGACACAGACAGAGCAUCACAGUCGGAGUCUCAGUACAACAGGCCUCCCUUGCAUUCAUCAGAGGAUGACUUUUUAGGUGAUGAUAUUGAUUAUAUGAUUGCAAUGGAAACGACGGUUACACAUUCUCCACCACCCAGUAGUCCUACCUUCUGUGGUCAUUCAUGCAUAAAUCCUUUCCAAGAAGCCCAGGAUCCACUAAGUGAUGAUGAACCAGAUGCAGGAGUUCCUGGGACACCUCCCAACAAGAAGUUUCGGUCCCUUUUUUUUGGAUCUAUUCUGGCAAACUCUGGUCAUUCAAAUCAAGAAAUUUUGGCUGAAGAUAGUGACAGAGAAGAAGAAUAAUGACAACACAUUUGACAACGCAUUGCCUGCUAACCAUUUAUUCUGAAUUCAGAACUGGUAGAUAAUGACCAAUGGAACAAAAACACUUGCAUCUUUACACAGAAUAGUAGUGAAGUAAUUGAUGAAUUUAUUUUCAUCUUAACUGGAACAGAAGCCUUUGUUGUUUUUUGACACAUUUCCUGAAAGCAUGGUUAUAUAUGUCAUAGAAGCUGAUGCAGAAAUUCGGGGUUUCUAUGCUGCCAUGUAAUAUGAAUCUAAAUGAAUUACUGACCAGACUUGCAAAGUUAAUUUUAUAUUGUAAAUAUACUGUAUAUUGUGACUACAUCCCUAAAACUAGGUAUUAGACAGUGGCCCAGAGCAUGUUCUAUGAGUCUGUAGCAUUGACAAAAAAGAGAUAUCGGUGGCAUUUCUGCAAAUUGCUUGUCUGAUUUGCCCACCCAGAUGGCUGGCUAGAUUAGGCUGAUGUGAUCAUCUAGACCCCAGGCAAACAACUGGUUAACAAUGGGGGCCUCUAUAGACCCCAAAGGAGGCACCGCAUUCAAAGAUCUGUAUGAUCUUCGUUUAAUAAGAAUUUUCAGACAUAACAAGCUGUAGUAUACAAUACCCACAUGCACUGUUUUUACUGCUCGCUCGUCUAUCCCCCAUACUAAGUACUGUAAUAUGCAAUUUAAAUGAAGGGGGAAAAAAACUGCCGGUAAGUAUUUUGUAUCACAUUGCACCUGAAACUGGGGCUUCCCAAAAAUAUAGGUUUAGAAAAAUCUUUAGUUUUUGCGCUGGCCUAAGCCACUGCCCUGACCAGCUGUUGGAUAGCACUUCAGGUUUGUAAUACUGGCUUGCAUAUUUUUAUUGGUAGUUUCAGAUUUUUAUUACGCUAUUUAUAUUUGAGUAUUGCUAAUUGGUACUGUAUUAAUUACUAGUAGUUUGGUUUAGUUUAGUAAAUCAAUAGGAACACUUUGUUCUAAAAAUUGGUUACUCUGGACUGUGUACCGGACUUAAUGAGUAAAGAAGGCAGGGUACGUGGUUGUGCUCUAGUGCAUAUUAAUCUUAUCUCCCCAUAAGAGUCUUUCUCAUUAUGAGUGAACACUUUUGUGCUCAUCAUCAGGGUUAAUAACUGACUGAUUUAUUCCCAUACAUGAAUUCUCAUUUGUUCACAUAUACAUUCUGUCACUGACCCUCAUGCCACUCACCAGACUCUGUAUUCUGAACAAUACCCAGCACAUGCAGUCUAACCUGUUGGUCCUAAACCUGCACAUCAUAAAAACCAGCAACAAGCUAUUGUAUCACCACCAAUAUUGUUAGGACACUGCAUACAACAGUAAAGUGAUGUCACUUGGCUUUAUUUGUCAAUGGUUCUUUAGCUUUACUUUUUAAAUUUACACAGUACAGUAUUUGACAUAGUGGCAGUUAUGUUAAUGGCUGAGGCAUUGACAAUAGACUUCAUUUGAAAGGGCUGAAAUACUUUGGGUAUGCUAUGACUGUGAGAGAUCUACUCAGAACGUAUGUGAAAUUCAUAUUUACAACAUUUUUUAUAAAUACAGAUUUAUGAUGCUUGAGCCAUCAUAAAUAAACCCUACUUGAAUUAAGGAACUCAUGCAGUUUUGCAUGAGCCCUGAGCAGGCUUUCUUAAAUGAGAAGUUCAGAAGCUUUUAUAAAAGCUUGGGAAAAAUACCUUAAUGAACAAGGUUUCUUUCCCUAAAACUCUGUGUGAGUUAUUUAACUUACAUGGGGUUUCAGCUCCAGCAGUCAUAAAGCUUAGCCUCUGUACACAAAAAUCUUUUGGAGAUAAGACAAUAUAAAAUGCAAUUUCAACAUU